UAUUUCUUUGUGAGGGUCCAUAACAUUCCUGCAACAAUGAACUUAACACUGGUCUUUCUCACCCUGUGCCUGACAAUAUACAGUGUUUACAGUGACACAACUGUAACGAUCUACCCUCAGUGGCUGGCACAGGGAAGUAGUGUUCGUUACGAGAGUAACAGGUGGAACAAGCAUAAUGGCCUGGAACGGGAAUCCCUUAUUCCAAACUGUCGGAGCCUUGGGACUGACAGCGGGCGUUGGAUACACCCAGAUUAUGGCAAUCGACUCUUCCCAAACUGGCCAGAGGACGCACACCACAGCGGCUACCCAGAUCCCAACUACCUGAAGAACGUCAGCAGGCAACAGGAAAUGUUUUCUAUGUACCUGGCUAACAUUAACCAUGGUUAUGAGAAUGAUAUGAUCAUGAUGGCGAGAGCUCAUAACUGGCCGACCUGGAUGAACCAGUCCGACCAUAAGGGUCAAUUCCCCAACAGCAUCGAUGCUGCUUCAGAGUUUAUAACAUUGAUGGUGCAAGGAGUGUAUGACUACACAAACGGUCAGAUACCGCCAUACUUCGAGGUCGUCAAUGAACCAGAUGUUAAAGGGGACAUCAUGAAUUUCACCAACACUGUCGCCAACUUCCACAAAUCAGUUGCCGAUAAACUCCAUUCCAGGUUUAACAUCAAAGUUGUUGGUCCGACAAUUACAGGAUAUAAUACAGUGGUCGAUAGGAAAGACUUUUCGUUCUGGACAAAACUGGUAGCAUUCAUGGACAUCACUCUAGACCGUUUAGACGUGUUUUCGUUUCAUUCUUACAACUCCCUUAAUGUUACGGGCAAGUCCCACCAGUUUACUGGCAUAAAUGAAGCACGUCUGGUAGCAUUUGUCGACCUGAUUGAAAACUAUAUCCAUCAAAAGACGGGAAGGAUUAUGCCUCUUAUUAUCAGUGAAUAUGGUCGCGGGGGAGUAUCAGGAAUUAGCAAAAGUGCUCCAUCUGGCAUUGUAGACUUUUCAACAAUAUACCAAGCAAAUGCGCACAGAUUCACCCAACUUGGUCUCAGAGAAUACAUUGACAGAACGGUGGUGUUUCUUUUACCCUCUAAACAACACCGCGGAUCUGAUGGGUUUAACUGGUCACUUUUCACCCGCCAAGGAAAGGCCGCACGGAUUGCCGAUGUCUUCACAUUUUGGUACAACUUCACGUCAGAGUAUUCCUUCAUCAGAACUGCCAGCCAGUGUGACGGACAGGAACGAACUGUGUCACCAUUAGUACUGUCAAGUUCCUCGCGUAACGAAACCGUCGUUCUUUUACACAGCUAUUCCACACAAUCACAGACAGUCAAGCUAAUUUUUCAAGACGAUUGGAUAACACCAACCACUGGCGAAGCUACCUGCAUCACCAUCAAGGACGACUGGUAUCCAGUCAUCACUUUGAAUGAACCGUUUGACAUCAGUAACACUGGGGGAACUGUUAAACUGCUACCUGAAGCGACCUGUCGCUAUACAUUUAAGACGACCUCAGAUCAAUUACCUAAAGUCACAUUCAAUGAAACUACGUACUACGGCAGUGAUAUUAUAAUUCCCAUCACGAACGGCACCGCUAUGACAACCGUACCACUGCCAAAAGAGCAAUUCUAUAGCGCAAGACUGCGAAUCUCGACAAGUCUUCCAAUGAAUCAAACAAACAGUCUGUCAUCUGUUAUCUUCAACAACGAACCUAUUAACUUCUUUUACAAGCUGUUUGACUCAGAUAAAAAUAACAGUAAAAUCUUCAACUACAUGGAUGUAUGGGAGUGUGUUGUCGCUUCCACCUUGCUGAACUCCACUUCUAUCACGGUCCAAGUUAACUUCUCCAACAAGGACGGGAACGGACAUGUGACUUCCGUAGCCCUUGUCACUGCCAAACUUGUCCAAUCUGACAAUAAAUGA